AUGGGUCUUUUACAGUUAGGGACGCCCUUGGACUGGCCUGGAGCCAAGAAGGCAGCAAAUCAAGUCCGGGAGUGGGGCAUCGAGCAACUACUCACGAUAUGGCGAAAAGCCAAAGGCAAGGAACGAGAUGCCCUUCUCUGGGGCGACGAGAUCGAAUAUCUCGUCGUAGCAAUGGAUGAUGAACACAAAAAGGUCCGGCUCUCACUGUGCCAGGCCGAUGUACUGGAAGCUCUCGCAAAGGACCAAGAAUUGGCUCGGCAGGACACGAUGGUACCUGAUAUCCAGGAAGGGAACAUUAAAAGCGGCACCUUGCCAACAUUCCACCCUGAGUUCGGCCGCUUCAUGCUCGAAGCAACGCCAGGCAAACCCUGGGGGAUUGGCUUCAAAGAUCUCCUCGAUGUCGAAUCAGAUAUGCGUAACCGCCGAGUCAUCGCCAAACAACACAUGGACCCCGACCAGUACCCUAUCACCCUAACCACAUUUCCCCGUCUCGGAACAAAAGACGACUUCAUAACUCCAUACUACCCACCCUCUGGACCGGCGUUACGCUCACAAUUCGUCCCGGACGAGAUCGCAAACCCGCACAUCCGUUUCCCUACACUAGCAGCUAACAUCCGCUCGCGACGGGGCCGCAAGGUGGAACUCAACGUUCCUGUCUUCAAAGACAAGAAGACGCCGUCCCCUUUCCACGAUCCCACCGUGGACUACGACCUUCACAACUGGCCAGAAGAUGACGACGUGCGCAACGGAGCCGCGAAGCCGGACUGCGUCUACAUGGACGCAAUGGCCUUUGGUAUGGGCAGUUGCUGUCUCCAAAUUACAUUCCAGGCCAAGAACAUCCGCGAAGGACGGAAGCUGUACGACCAACUUUCGCCGUUGGGCCCUGUCCUUCUUGCGCUUACGGCCGCGACACCCAUAUACAAAGGAUUCCUCGUGGAUACGGAUGUGCGCUGGAACCAAAUCUCUCGCGCCGUCGACGACCGCACGCCCGAAGAACUGGGGGAGAAACCCCUGCACGAUUCGCGGUGGCGCAUCCCGAAAUCCCGUUACGCCAGCAACAGCACCUACAUCGCGCAAGACCCUCGAUUGCGCAGUGAGUACAUGGACCCGAACCUGAUUGUGGAUGAACGGCUCAAGGAGAAGCUGGUGGCCGGUGGCAUGGACGAUCUGCUCGCGACGCACUUUGCCCAUCUCUUCAUCCGUGACCCUCUGGUGGUGUUCUCCGAAGACCUCCAGUCGCUCGAUCCCGAGGGCAGCAACCACUUUGAGAACAUCCAAUCGACGAACUGGCAGCACAUGCGCUUCAAGCCGCCACCCCCAGAUGCCGACAUAGGCUGGCGUGUCGAGUUCCGCAGCAUGGAGAUCCAAGUCACCGAUUUCGAGAACGCGGCGUUCAGCAUCUUCAUCGUGCUCGUGACGCGGGCAAUUCUCAGCUUUGACCUGAACUUCUACAUCCCAAUUCCCCGAACGACGGAGAACAUGGAGACGGCGCACGCACGGGACGCGGUGAUGAAGGAAAAGCUCUGGUUCCGCAAAGACCCUUUCCCCCGACGCAGUCCGCGCGCGAGUCCGUUGCUCAACGGCGCCGAUGCUGCCGGGGUCAAUGGCGAAGCGAAGCCCAAAAACCUUGGCCCUGUGGAAGACGAGUACAGGCUCAUGACCAUCGACGAGAUCAUCAACGGGACGCACUCGUCAUCCGCCGCUGUCGACCUGGGCGCGGGCGGCGGCGACGGCGGCGACGGCGGCGACUACUUCCCCGGCCUCAUCCCGCUGGUCGAAUCGUACCUCGACAGUGUCAACAUUGACGUCAGCACCCGCUGCGAGCUCGCUCGAUAUCUGGACUUGAUCCGCAAGAGGGCCGACGGCACAUUGUGGACUGGCGCCAAGUGGCUGCGUGAAUUCGUCCGGAGCCACCCGGACUACAAGUUUGACAGUGAAGUCAGCGAAAGAAUCACCUAUGAUCUGUUCAAGGCGGUUGAGGAGGUGGGCAAGAGCGAGGGAAAGAGCGGAGCCGUCGGAUGGGAGAUGUUGACUGCAAAAGAGCGGGUACAGGGCUUGGAUGACCCCUGCCGGUCUUGA